CGGCCGCUCGCUCUUUCCUCCACAGGUGACCGCGGCGACGAUAGGCCGUGGGCCAGAAAUGUGGGGUGGGAGGACUCGGGCCUUGUCCCGCCUGUGGGGGUUGUGGCCAGCAGGGGUCCUCGGAAGGAGACCACUAAGCUGCAAUGCUGCAUCACUGGAGGGAAGCAACUCCGCCCACUGCUGGAACUGCGGUGGCCCAGGGGGUCCUCUUCCUGGAGACGGGUUCUUCUGCCCGCAGUGCCGUGCUCUACAGCCACCUGACCCCACUCGAGACCACUUCAGCCUUAUGGACUGCAACCGUUCCUUCAGAGUUGACACUGUGAAGCUCCAGCAUAGGUACCAACAACUACAGCGUCUUGUCCACCCAGAUUUCUUCAGCCAGAGGUCUCAGACUGAAAGGGACUUUUCAGAGAAGCAUUCAACCCUGGUGAAUGAUGCCUAUAAGACCCUUCUGGCCCCCCUGAGCAGAGGACUAUACCUUCUAAAGCUCCAUGGCAUAGAGAUUCCAGAAGGAACAGAUUAUGAAAUGGACAGGCAAUUCCUCAUGGAAAUAAUGGAUAUUAACGAAAAACUUGCAGAAGCUCAAAGUGAAGCUGCCAUGAAAGAGAUCGAAUCUAUUGUCAGAGCUAAACAGAAAGAAUUAACAGACAAUGUGAGCAGAGCUUUUGAACAAGAUGAUUUUGAAAAAGCCAAAGAAAUUUUAACAAAGAUGAAAUACUUUUCAAAUGUAGAAGAAAAGAUCAAGUUAAAGAAGAUUCCCCUCUAAUUGUCGCUAAUUUUAAAGUGUAAAAAGUAAAGUUCUUGAAUAUUUCUUUUCUGGUUUCUGCUAAUUAAGACUAGAUAUGUGUUAACUGUUUAUAUCUUCUGAAUUAAACCUGUGGCUCAAGCAUUAA